AUGAGGCCCCCAACCACCGCCCGCUGCCCCGGGCCCGCCCUGCGGAACCCCUGGAGGAGCUUCUGGCCGCUCACCCUGGCUCUCUUCGUGGGCAUGGGUCAGGCUCAGAGGGACCCAGUGGGAAGAUACGAGCCGGCUGGAAGAGACGCGAGUCGGCUGCGGCGCCCCGGGGGCAGCCCCGUAGCGGCUACAGCCAAGGUGUACAGUCUGUUCCGGGAGCAAGACGCGCCCGUCCGGGGUUCGCCGCCCGCGGAGCUGGUCCAGCCUAGCUGGGGGAGCCCCAGGAGGUCCACCGAGGCGGAGGCCAGGAGGCCGCCCCGCGCGCAGCAGCCGCGGCGAGUCCAGCCACCUGCGCAGACUUGGAGAAGCCGACCCUCAGGCCAGCAGCAGUCCGCACCCCGGGCCCGGGCCGCGCCGGCUCUCCCGCGUCUCGGGACGGUGCAGCGGCCGCGGGCUGCGCGAGGGCGCCUUACGGGGAGGAAUGUCUGCGGGGGACAGUGCUGCCCGGGAUGGACAACGGCAAACAGCACCAACCACUGUAUCAAACCCGUGUGCCAGCCACCCUGCCAGAACCGGGGCUCCUGCAGCCGGCCCCAGCUCUGCGUGUGCCGCUCAGGCUUCCGCGGAGCCCGCUGCGAAGAGGUCAUUCCCGAGGAGGAAUUCGACCCCCAGAACUCCAGGCCAGCACCCCGACGCUCGGCCGAGGGACCCCCCAACCUGCGCAGGAGCAGUGUGGCCAGAGAAAGCACCACGGCCAGAGCUCGGCCCCCAGCACCACAGCCGCAGCGGGCCAGGACCCUGAGUGGGCUCAGCCAGACCCACUCCUCCCAGCAGCAUGCGGGGCUGUCCCAGACCGCCCGACUUUAUCCAGCCCCUGCGGCCAGCGGCCAGCUGACCUCCAAUGCCCUGCCCAUGGGGCCAGGUCCUGAGCGGAGAGAUGGUGCCCCACAGGCAGCAUAUCUGGACCACCCGUCAUCCUCCUGGGGGCUGAAUCUCACGGAGAAAAUCAAGAAGAUCAAGAUCGUCUUCACUCCCACCAUCUGCAAGCAGACCUGUGCCCGCGGGCGCUGUGCCAACAGCUGUGAGCGUGGGGACACCACCACCCUGUACAGUCAGAGCGGCCACGGGCACGACCCCAAGUCUGGAUUCCGCAUCUAUUUUUGCCAGAUCCCCUGCCUGAACGGGGGCCGCUGCAUCGGCAGGGACGAGUGCUGGUGCCCCGCCAACUCCACCGGGAAGUUCUGCCACCUGCCUGCCCCCAGGCUGGACCAGGAACCUCCAGAGAGGGGCCCCCGCCACAGGGCCCCGCUGGAGGGCCCCUUGAAGCAGUCCACCUUCACGCUGCCUCUCUCCAACCAGCUGGCCUCGGUGAACCCCUCCUUGGUGAAGGUGCACAUCCGCCACCCACCUGAGGCCUCAGUGCAGAUCCACCAGGUGGCUCGGGUGCGGGGCGAGGCCGAGGAGGCCCCAGAGGAGAACAGCGUGGAGACCAGGCCCUCGCCCCGGCUCCCUGCCGGCCCCGGCCACGGCCACUGGGACAGCAACCGCAUCCCCGCCCGGUCCGGAGAAACUCCCCGGCUACCUCCCGCCGUGGUGCCCAGGACUCCGGCCCUGCUGGGCCGAUGCUACCUGAGCACUUUAAACGGACAGUGUGCCAACCCCCUGCCGGAGCUGACAGCCCAAGAGGACUGCUGUGGCAGCGUGGGAGCCUUCUGGGGGGUGACCUCCUGUGCCCCGUGUCCACCCAGACCAGCCUCCCCGGUGAUUGAAAAUGGCCAGUUGGAGUGUCCCCAGGGGUACAAGAGACUGAACCUCACUCACUGCGAAGAUGUCAACGAGUGCCUGACGCUGGGCCUGUGCGAGGACUCGGAGUGCGUGAACACGAGGGGCAGCUACCUCUGUACCUGCAGACCCGGCCUCCUGCUGGAUCCGUCCAGGAGCCGCUGUGUGUCGGACAAGGCCGUCUCCAUGCAGCAGGGGCUGUGCUACCGGCUGCUGGGGCCCGGCACCUGCGCCCUGCCUUUGGCCCAGCGGAUCACCAAGCAGAUAUGCUGCUGCAGCCGAGUGGGCAAAGCCUGGGGCAGCCUGUGUGAGAAAUGCCCCUUGCCUGGCACAGAGGCCUUCAGGGAGAUCUGCCCUGCGGGCCACGGCUACACCUACUCGAGCUCGGACAUCCGCCUGUCCAUGAGGAAAGCUGAGGAGGAGGAACUGGCCCGGCCCUCGAGGGAGCGCAGCCCGAAGCGCAACGGGACCCUGCCCAGGCCAGCAGAGAGGCAGCCACUGCGGGCGGCCACCAGCACCUGGGUGGAGGCAGAGACCGUCCCCGACAAGGGUGACUCUCAGGCCGGCCAGGUGACAACCAGUGUUACCCAGCUAUCCACCUGGGUCCCAGGAGCUGCCCUGGGAAGACCAACGCCGUCAAUGCCUGAACAGGGGAUCCCAGAGGCCACGGAAGAAGCACAAGUGACUGCCCCCACCGAUGCGCUGGUGACCCCGGCGCCCUCAGGCAUUGACAGAUGUGCUGCUGGGGCCACCAACAUCUGUGGCCCAGGCACCUGCGUGAACCUCCCAGAUGGAUACAGAUGCAUCUGCAGCCCUGGCUACCGGCUACACCCCAGCCAGGCCUACUGCACAGAUGACAAUGAGUGUCUGAGGGACCCCUGCAAGGGAAGGGGACGCUGUGUCAACCGCGUGGGCUCCUACUCCUGCUUCUGCUACCCUGGCUACAAGCUGGCCGCCUCGGGGGCCACGCAGGAAUGCCAAGACAUAGACGAGUGUGAGCAGCCAGGGGUGUGCAGCCGGGGUCGGUGCACCAACACGGAGGGUUCUUACCACUGUGAGUGUGACCAGGGCUACAUCAUGGUCAGGAAAGGACAUUGCCAAGAUAUCAACGAAUGCCGUCACCCUGGCACCUGCCCUGAUGGGAGAUGCGUCAACUCCCCCGGCUCCUACACUUGCCUGCCCUGCGAGGAGGGCUACAGGGGCCAGGGCGGGAGCUGUGUAGAUGUGAAUGAGUGUCUGACCCCUGGGGUCUGCGCCCACGGAACGUGCAUCAACCUGGAGGGCUCCUUUAGAUGCUCCUGUGAGCAGGGCUACGAAGUCACCCCAGAUGAGAAGGGCUGCCAAGAUGUCGACGAGUGUGCCAUCCGGGCCUCGUGCCCCACGGGCCUCUGUCUCAACACGGAGGGCUCCUUUACCUGCUCGGCCUGCGAGAGUGGGUACUGGGUGAAUGAGGAUGGCACCGCCUGCGAAGACCUAGACGAGUGCGCCUUUCCGGGAGUCUGCCCGUCCGGAGUCUGCACCAACACUGCCGGCUCCUUCUCCUGCAGGGACUGCGAGGCAGGCUACCAGCCCAGCGCCCUGGGCCACAGCUGUGAAGAUGUGGACGAGUGUGAAGACCCCCAGAGCAGCUGCCUGGGAGGCGAGUGCAAGAACACAGCUGGCUCCUACCAGUGCCUCUGUCCUCCGGGCUUCCAGCUGGCCAACGGCACGGUGUGUGAGGAUGUGGACGAGUGUGUGGGUGAGGAGUACUGCGCGCCGCGCGGCGAGUGCCUCAACAGCCACGGGUCCUUCUUCUGUCUCUGUGCGGACGGCUUCGUCCCCGCAGACGGGGGCACCAGCUGCCAAGAUGUGGACGAGUGUGCAGUCACGGACCGGUGUCUCGGGGGGCAGUGUGUUAACACUGACGGCUCCUUCAACUGUGUGUGUGAGACUGGCUUCCAGCCCUCCCCGGAGAGCGGGGAGUGUGUGGACAUUGACGAGUGCGAGGACCUCGGAGAACCGAUGUGCGGGGCCUGGAGGUGUGAGAACAGCCCUGGAUCCUACCGCUGUGUGCUGGGCUGCCAGCCUGGCUUCCACAUGGCCCCGACGGGAGACUGCAUUGACAUAGACGAGUGUGCCAACGAUACUGUGUGUGGGAGCCACGGCUUCUGCGACAACACGGACGGCUCCUUCCGCUGCCUCUGUGACCAGGGCUUCGAGACCUCGCCCUCCGGCUGGGACUGCGUUGACGUGAACGAGUGUGAGCUCAUGCUGGCGGUGUGCGGGGCGGCGCUCUGCGAGAACGUGGAGGGUUCCUUCCUGUGCCUCUGCGCCAGCGACCUGGAGGAGUACGACGCUCAGGAGGGGCGCUGCCGCCCGCGGGGGGCUGGAGGUCCCAGUGUCUCUGAGGCCCGGCCAGGGGCACACCCACCAGGCCCCAUCCGCAUGGAAUGCUACUCUGGACAGAAGGACCAGACGCCCUGCUCCAGCCUUCUGGGCCGGAACACCACGCAGGCCGAGUGCUGCUGCACCCAGGGCACCGGCUGGGGGGAUGCCUGUGACCUGUGCCCAGAUGAGGACUCAGUUGAAUUCAGCGAGAUCUGCCCUAGUGGGAAAGGCUACAUCCCUGUGGAAGGAGCCUGGAUGUUUGGACAGACCACGUACACAGAUGCUGACGAGUGUGUGAUGUUUGGGCCCGGGCUCUGCCGGAACGGCCGGUGUCUCAACACGGUGCCCGGCUACAUCUGCCUAUGCAACCCUGGCUACCACUACAAUGCCGCCCGCAGGAAGUGUGAGGAUCACGACGAGUGCCAGGACAUGGCCUGUGAGAAUGGCGAGUGUGUGAACACGGAAGGCUCCUUCCACUGCUUCUGCAGCCCACCCCUCACCCUGGACCUCAGUCAGCAGCGCUGCGUGAACAGCACCAGUGGUGUGGAGGAACUGCCUGACCACGACAUCCACAUGGAUAUCUGCUGGAAGAGAGUCACCAAUUACGUGUGCAGCCACCCCCUGCAUGGCCGCCGCACCACCUACACGGAGUGCUGCUGCCAGGACGGCGAGGCCUGGAGCCAGCAGUGCGCCCUGUGCCCGCCCAGGAGCUCAGAGGUCUACGCUCAGCUCUGCAACGUGGCCCGGAUAGAAGCCGAGCGGGAGGCCGGGAUCCACUUCCGGCCCGGCUAUGAGUACGGCCCCGGGCCCGAUGACCUGCACUAUAGCCUCUACGGCCCAGACGGGGUCCCCUUCUACAACUACCUGGGCCCCGAGGACGCCAUCCCCGAGCCACUCUUCCCCAGCACGGCCGGCCGCCCGGGGGACCGCAUACCACUCCCUGAACCUCCCCUGCAGCCCUCAGAACUCCAGCCCCACUACGUGGCCAGCCACCCAGAGCACCAGGCCGGCUUCGAAGGGCUCCAGGCCGAGGAGUGCGGCAUCCUGAACGGCUGUGAGAACGGCCGCUGCGUGCGCGUGCGCGAGGGCUACACCUGUGACUGCUUCGAGGGCUUCCAGCUGGACACGGCCCACAUGGCCUGUGUGGAUGUGAAUGAGUGUGAUGACCUGAACGGGCCUGCUGCGCUCUGUGUCCAUGGUCACUGCGAGAACACGGAGGGCUCCUACCGCUGCCACUGCCUCCCGGGUUAUGUGGCUGAGGCAGGUCCCCCACACUGCACUGCCAAGGAGUAG